CGCGGGUCUCGUAGGGAGUGCGACAUGGAAGUGUAUUAAUGCCGUUGCCGCGGAAUGUAAGCUACCUGUUGCUCCCCCUACAUCGCCUCUCCGUGACAUUGAAAUCGCCUCCUCAGCUGUUUUCGAAGCUUAUCGUGUGGGCGUGUGUAAAUUAAUGUGAGUGUUGUACACGUGAUGAAAAGUGCGUGUUUUAUCAUUUGCUUGUGGUUAGGUUAAACAAAACAAAAUUUAAUUAUUUGCUUCGACAACUAAGUAAAAAAAUUGUUUGAAUUCAUUUUUUAUAUAUAUUGUGGAAAGUGUGUGUAGAAAUUAUUCCUCGUAGUUUUUUACUUUAUGUUCAUUGGCGUUUAUGCAAAAUUGGUGGAAUUUAAAUUUAAGUUUGUGAAUAGUUUUAUCAAGAUUUCUCUUUUACGGAGUACAUCACUAGGUACCUUGGUGCUAUCUCCUGUCCAUUCCGAACGGCUGCGAUAUCUUCUCUAACAUCGGGGGAAGAGAAGUCCCUCGUUUCUUCAGCUAGAGGCGCCUGCCAUAGACGGUCUUCCAUCUUCAGAAGCGAACUGGGCUAACACGACGUCAUCUGGGAAGGAUCAUUGUCUUGUGGUUCGCAGGGCCGCGGCGCCAGCAUUCGGCAGGCGGCGGACUGCGGCGCGUGGGGCUCGCCGCCGGCGGCGCCCCGCGACCCCGCCGCCGGACCGCGGCUCGCACGGAGCUACUUCUCCCGCGGCAAGACGCUGCCCGCCGAUUCCCGGCCGCAGAUGGUGAAGCCGGUGGCGAUGACGCGGCAGUCCAGCCUCACCAAGCUGGGCGUCAUGAUCAACACCGCAGUCGGCAGCAAGCGGGCCGGUAAUGGAGACAUUCAGUGGUGCUUUUCGCAGGUCAAGGGUGCCCUGGACGACGAUGUCACUGAAGCUGACAUCAUAUCUUGCGUGGAGUUCAACCAUGAUGGAGACAUGCUCGCUACGGGAGACAAGGGAGGAAGGGUCGUCAUCUUCCAGAGGGACCCGAUUAGUAAAAACUGCAUCCCGAGGCGAGGGGAGUACAACGUUUACAGCACUUUCCAGAGCCACGAGCCAGAGUUUGACUACCUCAAAAGUUUGGAGAUAGAAGAAAAAAUAAAUAAAAUUAGGUGGUUAAAGAGAAAAAAUCAAGCACAUUUUCUUCUUUCCACAAAUGACAAGACUAUAAAGUUGUGGAAAGUAUCUGAAAGAGACAAACGGGUUGAAGGCUACAAUACUAAGGAGGAAAAUGGUCAGAUCCGAGACCCAGCCUGCAUCACAGCCUUAAGAGUUCCGAUAAUAAAGCCAAUGGAUCUGAUGGUGGAAGCAUCUCCGAGAAGAAUAUUUGCCAAUGCGCACACAUACCACAUAAACUCCAUUAGUGUUAACUCUGAUCAAGAAACUUACCUGUCUGCAGAUGACCUGAGGAUUAAUCUGUGGCAUUUAGAAAUUACUGAUCAGAGUUUCAAUAUCGUGGACAUUAAGCCCACGAACAUGGAAGAACUCACGGAGGUGAUAACUGCUGCGGAAUUCCAUCCCGUGGAGUGCAACUUGUUUGUAUAUAGUAGUAGUAAGGGUACAAUUAGGUUGUGCGACAUGCGGGCGGCUGCACUUUGCGACAGGCACGCAAAACUGUUUGAGGAGCCGGAGGACCCCACCAACAGAAGCUUCUUUUCGGAAAUCAUUUCUAGUAUAUCCGAUGUCAAACUUUCCAACUCUGGGAGAUACAUGAUCUCGAGAGAUUAUCUAUCCGUCAAAGUGUGGGACCUCCACAUGGAGACGAAACCUAUUGAAUCCUAUCCAGUGCACGAGUACCUGCGGUCUAAACUAUGCUCCCUGUAUGAAAAUGACUGCAUCUUUGACAAGUUCGAAUGUUGUUGGAAUGGCAACGAUUCUGCCAUCAUGACCGGCUCCUACAAUAACUUCUUCCGCAUGUUUGACCGCACAACCAAGAGGGACGUAACGUUAGAGGCGUCGAGAGAUAUCGCGAAACCGAAAACUGUGCUCAAACCGAGAAAAGUAUGUACCGGAGGUAAGCGCAAGAAGGAUGAGAUCAGUGUUGAUUGUUUGGACUUCAACAAAAAAAUCUUGCACACAGCGUGGCAUCCGAUGGAGAACAUCAUUGCAGUCGCUGCUACAAACAAUCUGUUCAUUUUCCAAGACAAGUUCUAGCAACAAACGCUCCAGGGAAAUGUGAAGAAGUGCUACUGACUAGUACAACUCGGCAAGCCUUAAAGCGUCUCAACGACCUUGCGACAAAAUACUUGCGUGCUUUGUGCCCCAACCGCGCAAAAGCCACAAAAAUUGGGUCGUUGUGACGGGCCAGAUUCCCUCAAUCUGCACUGUUAAACGUGUCUGUGAUUCGGCAUCUGUCGAGGUGUUAAAAAUAAACUGUGCAACGAUCGAAUGUUCAUGGAUUGCGUGUUUUGUGUAUCGGUGAUUGGCACGCUGGUAAAUUGUAACUGUCUUUAACUGCCAUGCAUCGUUUCUCUGCGGACAAAUACACAUUUUAUCGCAAAAUGAAAUGUGUCGGCUUCGUUAUGCCAUAUAUUUUUUGUUCGUUUCCAGAUGGUAGAAAUCGAGAUUAUGUUUUUUAGACAUGUAGGUAUGAACAUAUUUUCCACAACUUUUCCUGGACACAACUUUUGAAAUUCAAAAGAUCUUUAAUUAAUUUCAUUUAGCCUAGUUUACAUUUAGUCAAGGAAAAGUUGCUGGCAAGGAAAUACAGGUAGGAUUGAUUUUUAGUUUAUUAUUCGAAAAAGACAGAAAACAGUAAGGAUUUAAUUAUUUAUUCAUAUAAUAAGUUGCCUAGCAUUUUUCACACAAAGUUUAUACAUGCAUUUACUAUCAACAUCACUUUUUUUUUUCUCUCCAGAUUUACAUCUCUUGAGUUUUGUUUGCCCGAGACUGGUGUUGGAAAAGCCAGUUAUUUUUGUUUUCAGUUUCUUCCUAUACAUUAUGUGAUUGUUGAUUCCAGGUUGUAAGUUUAGGAUGCGUGUCCCGUGCUUUUAAACUGGAAGCUUCCGCUAAAAAUGAAGUGCUUUAAUCUGCUGUCGGAGGUAAAUAAAAUUCAUGUAAAUUACUUUUUUGCAUGUAGCGAAGAUAUUUGGGAGUUCGACAGCUGUCAGCAUGAAGAGAGUUUUUCUCUGACAAGUAAACUUUGAAUAUUAUGAUUAUAUAAUUUAUCAGGCACCAGCCAAAGUGAUCAUGUUGGUACCUAUUGCCUGCAUUAUACAAACUAGCAGAGAUAUUCUCAGAUGGUUGCUUGUGUGCUUGAGUGUCCUGUGUGAUGCCUGUUAAAUGCACAAAUACAUACAAGUAUUGUUGUGAAAGUAUCCUUAUAUUGGGAAUAACCAUUAAAACCUGAAGUGGAAUAUUGCUUAUAUGAUUCAGUAAUUUUCAAUGGUAUUUCAGAAGAAAUUUUUGGAAUGUUCGAUAUUACACAUCUACACAUUUUUGUUGUAUUAUUGUUUUUAAAUUGAUGAAUGUCAAUGAAGAAUGAAGCUAUUGAAAUUUCAUAGUCUUGUAUUUUUGUGCAACAGACGUUUGUGAGCUUAACUUACUGCAGUAUAAAAGAUUUUAGGUAUGUUUGAGGUAUAUGUGAGUGUGUGUUUUCUGUUUAUUUUAUAAAUUUCCAUCCUGUUUAACAACUUAGAGUUGUCUGAUGGCAAAGCUGGUGCAUAAUUAAUAUUUUAAUAUUUUUUUAGAAUUCUGAGUUCUUUUAAAAGAGCCAACCCUAUGUGCGAGAAGUGUUGUGCGAUAAGUUUAAUUUGGAAAAAAAUAAUGUGGUUUAAAUUCUGCUUUGUAACUCAGUAUAGACAUGCCACAAAUAAAUUUAAAUACAAAACAAA